UCGGAAAAAUGUGCUUUGAAACUUCCAUGUUUACAAUUGUCCCUACAUGCAUAAUAAUUUUUAAUGAUAUUUUAAAAUUUUAAGGUUGCUGCCAAAAUCACCGGUAAUUAGCUACUUCGCGUAUAAUAUCUGAUUAAUAAUUUAUCGGAAGCCAUUGGACUACCGGUUCGUCGAAUUGGGCAGAUGAUUUCAUACGGAUAAAUUUCCCCUGGUUUCGUGGAUGUACAAGUAUCGUGAAAUCUUCCGAGGCAGCUUGGUGUUCAUAAGCUGCGACCGUUGCAAAUAUAUUUUGCCUUAAAGUCGCCGGAUUUAAUACCAUUCUCUGACAGUUUCACCGGUCGAAAUCACGUCAAAAUCGAGAGCAACGAUGCUGUUGAACAACACCACGUCCCAGGCCACCGCCCCGUUUUCCACACUCUGGACCUCCACGGACAUCUUCUCCUUGAUCAAUCUGGUGGCCAUUUUACUGACCAACGGCACCACGCUCUUCGUCUAUGCCCGUUGCAGCCAAUUACGCAGCAACACCUUCAGUCUAUACUUGAUUAAUCUGCUGAUCAGCAACGUCUUCAAGGCCCUCACCGCCCCGGUGGAGAUCAUCCAGCAUCUGGCCGUUCGGAAGGACCAGUCGGCCGCCUACUGCGCCACGCUCAUCGCCCUGGGCUAUACGUCCAACGCCGUGAUGAUGCAUAAUCACGUUCUGAUCACCAUGAACCGGGUGUGGGCUAUAACGUUCCCGGUGGGCUAUCGGAACUACCAUUCACGGCGGACGGCGGUGGUGUUGUGCGUGGCCAUGUGGGUGUAUGUGUUUGUGUGGCUACUGCCGGGGAUUAUUGUCGAUGGAGUAUGGUACCACGUAGCCACAGGCUCCAACUGCAUGCUCAACAACGCCAUCCCCGCCCAGCGUAACUGGAACAUGGCCGCCCAAGUGAUCGUCUACACCCUCCCCAUCUUCGUGGUGAUCCUGGCCUACCCGCUCAUCUGGUACAAACGCCAGCGACAGCGCCGUCUCCGCCCAACGGAAAGCAUCAUCUCCCAGAAGGAACCAACGUCCCUUCCAUCAGACAAAGACGAACGCCGACAGCACUCUCACUCCUUCAAAGUCCUGACACUGUUAACCAUCAGCGUGUUAGUGUGCUGGACACCGUUGACCGUAUACUACGACCUCCUGGUUUUCGGCGAAGUGGAUGUGGGCGGGCUGUAUGAAGGAGGCUGGGUGUUGUGGGAAAUUGAGCCGGUUUUUGAUCCGUUGCUGUUUGCCGUGGCGCUAAAAACGUUGCGGGAGGAACUCAAGCGGUUAUUGUGCUGGUAACCGUUAUCAAACAUUUUGAGUGUAUAUUGUCGCCGUGUUAGGCAAAGGUUGGUCGAGUGUUAUCGGGCGCUGAAAUCGAUUAAUUCCGCGUAAAUAGAACUGCUGU